UGAAAGGGGUCAAUGGAUUUUGGCAACAGCUGGAAGGAUGAAGGGGCAGUGUUGCCAGAGAAGAAAUGGAACUGGCUUGACUUCUGGGCGGGGGUGAAAUGGAACUGACUCCAGUUCUGCACAGGACUGUGCUUCUCGGUUAUGUGUUGACAUGAAAUGACAGUCGGUGCAGGCAGAUGUGUCUUGCAGUGCUAUGAGUGGGUGAGAGCACGUUGUGUGGCCCGGGCUGGUGAGCCAGCGCCAGGGACAUACUGAGUGCCUGGAGGCAGAGUUAUCACGUUUGGCAGGUCCGUGGCAAAUAAGCCCUGAGAAAACUAGAGGACUGUCGAGGAUUUUAGAGUCUGACCUGGAGUCCGUUUAAGUUUGGCUUAUAGUGUAACUGUGUGGCAAGCGUUGGGGUGGCAGCCGUGGUUUUCCCCAGUCUGUACUGAUGCAGAGUAGACAAGAGAGCCUUUGACGUUCACUCUGUUUCCUGGGCACCUGUUUCUUACACCUGCUGUGCUGCCUUACACUUGAGACCUUGAUUAAAUCUAUUCUCUACACAUUUGCCUUGAGGCAUCGGAGCAGUAGUACUGCUUGUACUGUGCGUUUUCCGUGUGUGGGUAAGCUGGAGGUUCAUGGUUUUGGUAAGUAUGUGCCUAAGAUGCAUGGCGAUUAGGUAAAACUAAUUUGCAGUUUUGUUUUUGUUUUUAUUUUUUUAACGUUUGAUGCCUCUUGUUAAAGUUUUGAUCUCUUUUCUGAAGCAGAGAACACUACUUUUCUGGUAUUGGGUUUCUAUAUUAUUAAUAAUUGACCAACUAACAUACUUUAUAUAAAAGUUUUAAGUAAGAAGGACCAUGUAACUGAAAUGUUGUGUUAUGUAAUUUACCAAAAUGGCAAACAUUUUCAUAGAGCCAGCUUCCCCCAAGAAGAGCUUCUGUCAUUGUUUCACUACAGGGCUGGUGGCUGCUCUGAUCUCAUAGAAUUCGUUCCUCUGGGUAGCACCAUAUGCAGGCUUUGCGAAUAAAGUGAUCAUGGGCUUUCUUGAUUCCGUUUGGCCAAUGCAAGAACUUCAUUGGCUCCCCUCUAAAAAAAAUUCCGUGGAUUGUUGGGAUUUUUAUUUUUUAUUUUUUGAAUAAAAAGGUACCUAUCCAUAUUCAGCUUGGUGGCUUCACAGUCCCUCCCCUGAACAUCCGUAUAUUCCUUAAUCUCUCAUUUAUGGUGCAGAACACUGGGAUACUAACCUCUGGGAAACUCUAGCUGCCAGGGAAAGCUAAGAGCCCUCCUUUAACAGGAAAGCAGCAGCAUGCUUUUUCUUCUCUCUGCCCUUUCAGGGAAGAGCACCUUAAGGCCAGUGUUAUUUCAUGGGAUUCUGUCCUAGAGCUGAGAAAGCAAUGGACUCAUCCAUAGUCUCUUGUAUCGAUUUAAAAGUGUAAACAAUACACAUUUCCUUUUUUGGAACUCCAAUUCUAAUAUGUUUCUUUUUCAUUGGAAAUUGAAAAACCAGGCUGGUUUUGAGAUUAGUACUAGCAGUGAGUAAACCUCCUGUCUGUGGACUUAAAUCCUUUUGAGGAACAUUCGUUUUAGAUUUUUACAAGUUUUCUAAUCUGGCACGACUUUCAAACUAGCUUAGUCUGUUCUUACAGAAACCUGUGUAAGGACAGACUGCCCACAUACGGGCUCCCCAAAUAAAACGGCAUUUUUAUUUCUUGUCCCCGCCCGGGUUUCACCGAACCUUGGUAGCCAUACACAGAACAAAUGAAACACAAUCAAGUUGUUGUGUUCUGUUUGUUUUUACCUGCCGGCCAGCUGAUGCUGACAUUUAUACACCAAGAUGAUCCAAGGUUUUGGUGACACCAGUGGACUACCGCUAUAUGUGCAGGGUGCCCGGGAGUCAUAAUAAUGUUAAUGGAAUACCAGAAUCUCUAACCGUGUGGUCCUGUGUAGCCACAUUGCUACACUUACCGAGAUGCUUUGGGGCCUUUUUGGAUUAAGACAGUUCUAAAAGACCAGGCCUCACCUAUGAUCUGUGUAUAAAGAAUUAGCAUCGCACCGUAGAUCUGCAAGAGAAGGCCGCCUCCUGCAGUGCUCUCUCUUGGUGAAUGCUAACUCUGCUCGAGGGCCUUUUGGGGAAAGGACAGUGUAAAACCCUUAGAGAGGUAAGUUUCCCACCCUUCCAACCUCUCUCCACCUGCAGCUUGCUUGGUGCUGUCAGGAUCUGGAUUUGGGGGGAGUCUCUCUGUAGUGGAACCAGUGACAGAAGCUGUUCUUUAGAAUUUUCAGGAUGGCUGUAUUCUGCGGUCAGAAUGAGAGAGUCAAGCUGGGCAGAAUCUCUCGCCAAGAGUUCAGGUAAGGUAAUGUUUAUUCACUGGGAAUGCUUUCCACAGCCAGACAGCUAUGCUAACAGUCUCAAGUUUUCUUCCAGUUUGUUUAGAUUUAAAUGAUACAUUUGUAACUUUUUAAAAACUAAAUUUUGGUUGGAUUUUUCAUGAAAACCUCUUUUUUCUUUAUCUCCUAAAAAAUGGUUUGAAAUGUCAUUGUUAUUUAAAAACCCGAUGUGUUGGAACUUCUUUAAUCUGCUGUUUCCUCUUUUUCCCCCCCCCUUUGAAAGUUUCGCAUAGUAUAAGCAUUCACUAUGUCUUUUACCUUCCCUGCUCCUCCCCUCUGGGAGGCGCUGAUGCUAUUACCCAGUGCUGAAAAAUGGCACUCUAAAGGUAUGGGAAGGAAGGAGCCCAAGGCAACCACCUGCUGUCCUUUCAGCCUUCCUUUGGAGACUGCUCCAUCAGUGCCGAGGUGUGUGGGAACAGGCUUCACUGCACCGCCAUCUUACUGAGUUGCUUCACGUGAGGAAAAGGGGGCUUUGGCCCUGUGACUCAGUUCCACAUUUUGGAUUGCAUACUGGAAAAGAAGCCAAUCUUCUUGCUAGUAAACCAGCAACCCGGCUGUAUACAGUGCUGACCCAAGCAAUGGAUAUAAACCUAAAAAUCUGAGGGAGGGGAGAGGUGGAAUACAGUAGUUCUUGGAACCUGAAGUCUCCUAUUUCAUCAGGUUAUUUCCUGGGACUUGGCAAAAAUCUGAUUGGUGGGGAUCUCCUAGGACCUAGUGGACAUCUGGUAUUAAUUUAAUCUCAGGAAAAACAAGAAAUUAACCCAGAGAGAGUCUGGGUUCUGGAAUUCAGCAUAGCUACCUCCAGACCUUGGUGUCUGGCCUCCAUUUUUGUCUGUCAUUCAGCUCUGACUUACAGCUGCAGUCACCUUUGCUUUAAGGCACCUGGGUAGAAGGGUGGAUGGGCUUCACAUUAACUUUUUUCUUCCUUUAGGGUGGGGGAUUGGUUUGGCUUUCUUUUGUUGUGGUUUUUUGUUUUAUUUUUGUCAAGAUUGAUUUUUAGAUGCAAGGACUUGAAAAGACCCAGAAGGAUGCCACCAGUUUUUCCUUGAGGCCUAGGAUUUUUUAUUCUGUCCCAAGCAGAGGUAAUUCCUCACAGCUUAGUGCACCAGUAGCACCAGCCAUUUUGAGCAGAGUACCUCUUUGGGGAGCUUUUCGUUUUGUUUUGUUUUUAAUUCUCUUUCCUUAGCAGCAAGGUCUUUUUUCCUAGAGAAUCUACUCCAUUGCAGAAUCAUUGCAACCUCAGGAGCCCUCACUGAUUGAGUGCUGUCAGCCUGAUCUACUACUUUGGACUCUGGAAACAGAUAUGGGUUCUAUUCUCUAUUUCUACUGUGUGUCGUUAAACAACCGUCGGAGGCCAGAUGACCUGUUAGAUGGCUAGUCCUGUAUAACUCGACUCUGUAUGUUUCAAUGUAUGUUACUGCAAUGCUUCACCUGCUGUACAGUGUUUGUGAGAUGCUCUUUGAAGAUGGUACUUUUAUAUUUUUUCAUUUUCAAUAAAAGUACAUUCCUUCCCACUUCCUGGUAUUUAAUACUGUUGCUGAAUGUGCCUUGUGUGAGUGUGUGCUCCGGCGUUGCAGGACCUCAGCUGGAGGUGGCCCUCGGUGGUUCUUGGGGGCUGGCCGCCUUCCCUCUGCAGGUGGUGUUAGACAUAUGCUACCUGAGGUAACAUGUUUUCAUUUUUGGGAGGGAGUCGGGAGUGGGGCGGGCCCAUGGGAGGGUCUCUGGAUUUUUGAUAGCCUGCUUUAUUUGCUCUCUUCUGUACUAUUAAACUGCCGAUGUUUAUUUUCAGGAAUGUUUUGCAAAUGCACUUCUCACUCUUCCCCAGUACAACUGCCUUCAUGGUGAAACACCUCUUGGAGUAUACCCAGGCAACAGAGUCUAACCUGCAGUACAGCUUGUUGUUAGUCCUGGGCCUCCUUCUGACGGAAAUCGUGCGGUCUUGGUCGCUUGCACUGACUUGGGCAUUGAAUUACCGAACCGGUGUCCGCUUGCGGGGGGCCAUCCUAACCAUGGCAUUUAAGAAGAUCCUUAAGUUAAAGAACAUUAAAGAGAAAUCCCUGGGUGAGCUCAUCAACAUUUGCUCCAACGACGGGCAGAGGAUGUUUGAGGCAGCAGCCGUUGGCAGCCUGCUGGCUGGAGGACCCGUUGUUGCCAUCUUAGGCAUGAUUUAUAAUGUAAUUAUUCUGGGACCAACAGGCUUCCUGGGAUCAGCUGUUUUUAUCCUCUUUUACCCAGCAAUGAUGUUUGCAUCACGGCUCACAGCAUAUUUCAGGAGAAAAUGCGUGGCCGCCACGGAUGAACGUGUCCAGAAGAUGAAUGAAGUUCUUACCUACAUUAAAUUUAUUAAAAUGUAUGCUUGGGUCAAAGCAUUUUCUCAAAGUGUUCAAAAAAUCCGUGAGGAGGAGCGUCGGAUAUUGGAAAAAGCCGGGUACUUCCAGAGCAUCACUGUGGGUGUGGCUCCCAUUGUGGUGGUGAUCGCCAGCGUGGUGACCUUCUCUGUUCAUAUGACCCUGGGCUUCGAUCUGACAGCAGCACAGGCUUUCACAGUGGUGACAGUCUUCAAUUCCAUGACUUUUGCUUUGAAAGUAACACCGUUUUCAGUAAAGUCCCUCUCAGAAGCCUCGGUGGCUGUUGACAGAUUUAAGAGUUUGUUUCUAAUGGAAGAGGUUCACAUGAUAAAGAACAAACCAGCCAGUCCUCACAUCAAGAUAGAGAUGAAAAAUGCCACCUUGGCAUGGGACUCCUCCCACUCCAGUAUCCAGAACUCGCCCAAGCUGACCCCCAAAAUGAAAAAAGACAAGAGGGCUUCCAGGGGCAAGAAAGAGAAGGUGAGGCAGCUGCAGCGCACUGAGCAUCAGGCGGUGCUGGCAGAGCAGAAAGGCCACCUCCUCCUGGACAGUGACGAGCGGCCCAGUCCCGAAGAGGAAGAAGGCAAGCACAUCCACCUGGGCCACCUGCGCUUACAGAGGACGCUGCACAGCAUCGACCUGGAGAUCCAAGAGGGUAAACUGGUUGGAAUCUGCGGCAGUGUGGGAAGUGGAAAAACCUCUCUCAUUUCAGCCAUUUUAGGCCAGAUGACACUUCUAGAGGGCAGCAUUGCAAUCAGUGGAACCUUCGCUUAUGUGGCCCAGCAGGCCUGGAUCCUCAAUGCUACUCUGAGAGACAACAUCCUAUUUGGGAAGGAAUAUGAUGAAGAAAGAUACAACUCUGUGCUGAACAGCUGCUGCCUGAGGCCUGACCUGGCCAUUCUUCCCAGCAGUGACCUGACAGAGAUUGGAGAGCGAGGAGCCAACCUGAGUGGUGGGCAGCGCCAGAGGAUCAGCCUUGCCCGGGCCUUGUAUAGUGACAGGAGCAUCUACAUCCUGGACGACCCCCUCAGUGCCUUAGAUGCCCAUGUGGGCAACCACAUCUUCAAUAGUGCUAUCCGGAAACAUCUCAAGUCCAAGACGGUUCUGUUUGUUACCCACCAGUUACAGUACCUGGUUGACUGUGAUGAAGUGAUCUUCAUGAAAGAGGGCUGUAUUACGGAAAGAGGCACCCAUGAGGAACUGAUGAAUUUAAAUGGUGACUAUGCUACCAUUUUUAAUAACCUGUUGCUGGGAGAGACACCGCCAGUUGAGAUCAAUUCAAAAAAGGAAACUAGUGGUUCACAGAAGAAGUCACAAGACAAGGGUCCUAAAACAGGAUCAGUAAAGAAGGAGAAAGCAGUAAAGCCAGAGGAAGGGCAGCUCGUGCAGCUGGAAGAGAAAGGGCAGGGUUCAGUGCCCUGGUCAGUAUAUGGUGUCUACAUCCAGGCUGCUGGGGGCCCCUUGGCAUUCCUGGUUAUUAUGGCCCUUUUCAUGCUGAAUGUAGGCAGCACCGCCUUCAGCACCUGGUGGUUGAGUUACUGGAUCAAGCAAGGAAGCGGGAACACCACUGUGACUCGAGGGAACGAGACCUCGGUGAGUGACAGCAUGAAGGACAAUCCUCAUAUGCAGUACUACGCCAGCAUCUACGCCCUCUCCAUGGCAGUCAUGCUGAUCCUGAAAGCCAUUCGAGGAGUUGUCUUUGUCAAGGGCACACUGCGAGCUUCCUCCCGGCUGCAUGACGAGCUUUUCCGAAGGAUCCUUCGAAGCCCUAUGAAGUUUUUUGACACGACCCCCACAGGGAGGAUUCUCAACAGGUUUUCCAAAGACAUGGAUGAAGUUGAUGUGCGGCUGCCGUUCCAGGCCGAGAUGUUCAUCCAGAACGUUAUCCUGGUGUUCUUCUGCGUGGGAAUGAUCGCAGGAGUCUUCCCGUGGUUCCUUGUGGCAGUGGGGCCCCUCGUCAUCCUCUUUUCAGUCCUGCACAUUGUCUCCAGGGUCCUGAUUCGGGAGCUGAAGCGUCUGGACAAUAUCACGCAGUCACCUUUCCUCUCCCACAUCACGUCCAGCAUACAGGGCCUUGCCACCAUCCACGCCUACAAUAAAGGGCAGGAGUUUCUGCACAGGUACCAGGAGCUGCUGGAUGACAACCAAGCUCCUUUUUUCUUGUUUACGUGUGCGAUGCGGUGGCUGGCUGUGCGGCUGGACCUCAUCAGCAUCGCCCUCAUCACCACCACGGGGCUGAUGAUCGUUCUCAUGCACGGGCAGAUUCCCCCAGCCUAUGCGGGUCUCGCCAUCUCUUAUGCUGUCCAGUUAACGGGGCUGUUCCAGUUUACGGUCAGACUGGCAUCUGAGACAGAAGCUCGAUUCACCUCAGUGGAGAGGAUCAAUCACUACAUUAAGACUCUCUCCUUGGAAGCACCUGCCAGAAUUAAGAACAAGGCUCCCUCCCCUGACUGGCCCCAGGAGGGAGAGGUGACCUUCGAGAACGCAGAGAUGAGGUACCGAGAAAACCUCCCUCUCGUCCUAAAGAAAGUAUCCUUCACGAUCAAACCCAAAGAGAAGAUUGGCAUUGUGGGGCGGACAGGAUCAGGGAAGUCCUCGCUGGGGAUGGCCCUCUUCCGUCUGGUGGAGUUAUCUGGAGGCUGCAUCAAGAUUGAUGGAGUGAGAAUCAGUGAUAUUGGCCUUGCCGACCUCCGAAGCAAACUCUCUAUCAUUCCUCAAGAGCCGGUGCUGUUCAGUGGCACUGUCAGAUCAAAUUUGGACCCCUUCAACCAGUACACUGAAGACCAGAUUUGGGAUGCCCUGGAGAGGACACACAUGAAAGAAUGUAUUGCUCAGCUACCUCUGAAACUUGAAUCUGAAGUGAUGGAGAAUGGGGAUAACUUCUCAGUGGGGGAACGGCAGCUCUUGUGCAUAGCAAGAGCCCUGCUUCGCCACUGUAAGAUUCUGAUUUUAGAUGAAGCCACAGCUGCCAUGGACACAGAGACAGACUUAUUGAUUCAAGAGACCAUCCGAGAAGCAUUUGCAGACUGUACCAUGCUGACCAUUGCCCAUCGCCUGCACACGGUUCUAGGCUCCGAUAGGAUUAUGGUGCUGGCCCAGGGACAGGUGGUGGAGUUUGACACCCCAUCGGUCCUUCUGUCCAACGACAGUUCCCGAUUCUAUGCCAUGUUUGCUGCUGCAGAGAACAAGGUCGCUGUCAAGGGCUGACUCCUCCCUGUUGAGGAAGUCUCUUUUCUUUAGAGCAUUGCCAUUCCCUGCCUGGGGCGGGCCCCUCAUCGCGUCCUCCUACCGAAACCUCGCCUUUCUCGAUUUUAUCUUUCGCACAGCAGUUCUGGAUUGGCUUGUGUGUUUCACUUUUAGGGAGAGUCAUAUUUUGAUUAUUGUAUUUAUUCCAUAUUCAUGUAAACAAAAUUUAGUUUUUGUUCUUAAUUGCACUCUAAAAGGUUCAGGGAACCGUUAUUAUAAUUGUAUCAGAGGCCUAUAAUGAAGCUUUAUACGUGUAGCUAUAUCUAUAUAUAAUUCUGUACAUAGCCUAUAUUUACAGUGAAAAUGUAAGCUGUUUAUUUUAUAUUAAAAUAAGCACUGUGCUCAUAACAGUGCAUAUUCCUUUCUAUCAUUUUUGUACAGUUUGCUGUACUGAGAUCUGGUUUUGCUAUUAGACUGUAGGAAGGGUAGCAUUUCAUUCUUCUCUAGCUGGUGGUUUCACGGUGCCAGGUUUUCUGGGUGUCCGAAGGAAGACGUGUGGCAAUAGUGGGCCCUCCGACAGCCCCCUCUGCUGCCUCCCCACGGCCACUCCAGGGGUGGGUGGAGACGGGUGGGCGGCUGGAGACCAUGCAGAGCGCCGUGAGUUCUCAGGGCUCCUGCCUUCUGUCCUGGUGUCACUUACUGUUUCUGUCAGGAGAGCAGCGGGGCGAAGCCCAGGCCCCUUUUCACUCCCUCCAUCAGGAAUGGGAAUCACAGAGACAUUCCUCCGAGCCGGGGAGUUUCUUUCCUGCCUUCUUCUUUUUGCUGUUGUUUCUAAACAAGAAUCAGUCUAUCCACAGAGAGUCCCACUGCCUCAGGUUCCUAUGGCUGGCCACUGCACAGAGCUCUCCAGCUCCAAGACCUGUUGGUUCCAAGCCCUGGAGCCAACUGCUGCUUUUUGAGGUGGCACUUUUUCAUUUGCCUAUUCCCACACCUCCACAGUUCAGUGGCAGGGCUCAGGAUUUCGUGGGUCUGUUUUCCUUUCUCACCGCAGUUGUCGCACAGUCUCUCUCUCUCUCUCUCUCUCCCCCCAAAGUCUGCAACUUUAAGCAGCUCUUGCUAAUCAGUGUCUCACACUGGCGUAGAAGUUUUUGUACUGUAAAGAGACCUACCUCAGGUUGCUGGUUGCUGUGUGGUUUGGUGUGUUCCCGCAAACCCCCUUUGUGCUGUGGGGCUGGUAGCUCAGGUGGGCGUGGUCACUGCUGUCAUCAGUUGAAUGGUCAGCGUUGCAUGUCGUGACCAACUAGACAUUCUGUCGCCUUAGCAUGUUUGCUGAACACCUUGUGGAAGCAAAAAUCUGAAAAUGUGAAUAAAAUUAUUUUGGAUUUUGUAAAA